AUGCAGGCCGCGGCUGGGAGCGUCUCUUGGGUCGCCGCGCAGCCGUCCGUCCUCGGCCGGUGCGGCGGCGGCGGCGGCGGCGGCGCGCCGUCCGCUUCGCUCAAGGGGAGUGCUUGCGGCGUCGGAGGAGGGGGGUGCAGGGGCCGGGGCCGGGGCCGGGGCGUCGCCGUGCCGCGGUGCUGCGCCCGCGCGCAGGAGAAGCGCCCGCCGCGGGUGCGGAAAUCCAAGGAGGAGAGGCGGGAGAUGGUGGAGUCCUUCAUCAACAGCUACCGAGUUGCAAACGAAGGAAAAUUCCCAUCAGUUAACCUUACACAUAAGGAAGUUGGAGGGUCAUAUUAUAUAGUUCGUGAGAUCGUGAGGGAUAUCAUCCAAGAGAAUAGAGUCCUUGGCCCUGGUGGCUUGGAUGCUAUGGCACUGAGUUUUGAAGAUUGUGCUGAUUCUUCAGAGUCAUCCAUAAAGCAUGAAUUGGGUCAAGACAGUAUAGAGAUCUUAGAUAUGUCUGGUAGUGAAGUCAGUAAGGGUUAUGUGCCUGAAAUAUGCAGCACUGAUGAGUCGUUUCCAUUGCAAGACAAUGCCAUCACCACUCAGACACUCCUGGGUUCAUCUAAUAUCUUAGAGGCUGGUGUUCUGAAUAGUGUGGUCCAAAAUGGGAAUGCGGCAGAUGCAAUAUUCAUGGAAACAAACCUUGAGAAACAAGAUGAAAUUCCAUCUGGGGGAUCCAUUGAGUUUGACUUGAAUAGUUCUGAAGAGCAAUCUCGUUUAUUUGCCCAGGUUUCUGAUUUAGAUGAAGACAUUGCACUAAACAGUCAGGCGCAUGCACAGGAUGGGACGGCCAGUAGUGCUACUGAUAGAGUUAUUCUUCCCUUAGAAUCUUCUGCUGUUUAUGAAAACAAUGCUGCACUUUUAAGAGAUCAUGAGACAUUGCCUAAUGAUAAUCAUGAUGGAUCAACUGAUAGUGCCGUGGAUGAUGCAAACCUCCUUGCGGUGACCAAUGGUGUUCAAGCAAAACAAGCUUCUUUACAUGAGCAUGAUGCAUCAACUGGAAGGGUAUUGAUUGACAAUGCUCAGAGCUUAGAUGGUCAGUUUAGCACUACAGUAUCUACUGAUCCUAUAAAUGGUUUCAAAUUGGAGGAUGAAGUUGCAACCAAGACAAUUGAAGCAUCUAAAGUACACAUGCUGCAAGAUGAGCUUGAGCAAACAUUGGUUGAUACUAGCUGUGAUGGGCAAGAAAACUCUGACAUCUCUGUUUCUCAUCCAGCAUUAGAUACAAAGGGGCUGUUGCACACAGAAGAUCAGCACAGUGUGGUACAGGUAGAUGAAAGUGAAUUCAAGAACUCAACAUCUGGGAUCACAAAGGAAGAGGUCCAGGCAGCCGAUUUCAGGCAUGAACAAGGAAUUAGCACCAGAACAGCGAUCAGCAGGCAUGCACUUUGCCUCCUAACUUUGCGUUGCAUGCUUACUGUGUAUAAUUUCCUUCACACGGCACAAAAGGCAGCAGUAUAUUAG